AUGGCUCCCGUCUUCCCUCCUUCUCGGACCGUCAAGACGAAUAGCGUCACUCCCGCUCCAGCCAAAGGCGUCUCCUUCUUCACCCCGGCACAGGAUCCCCCAGCCGGAACGGCCCUCAGCACCCAGGAUGGCCAGCCCAUCCCCAAACUCUUUACCCCGCUUAAAAUCCGUGGCGUCGAGCUGCCCAACCGCAUAUGGGUGAGCCCCAUGUGCCAGUACAGUGCCCAUGAAGGCUUCCACACGCCUUGGCACCUCACUCACUACGGAGGCAUCGCUCAGAGGGGGCCCGGUGUCAUCAUGGUGGAGGCUACCGCCGUCCAGGCUCGGGGACGGAUCACCCCCGAAGACUCUGGCAUCUGGCAAGAUGCCCAGAUCGAAGGCCACGCCGCUACCGUCGAGUUUGUGCACAGCCAAAACGGCGUGGCAGCGAUCCAGCUUGCGCACUCGGGCCGCAAGGCUUCGACCACGGCUCCCUUCCUGCCGGCUGGCAUCGCGGCCGCCGAUGUGGGUGGCUGGGCUGACGACGUUGUGGCGCCCAGCGCCAUCGCGUACGACGCUCAGAAUCCCACUCCCCGUGCCAUUUCGCUUGACGAGAUUGCCGAGCUGCGGCGGGACUUUGUCUCUGCGGCCAAGCGCUCCCUGGCAGCCGGCUAUGACGUGAUCGAGCUGCACAUGGCGCACGGCUACCUCCUGUCGACCUUCCUGUCGCCCGCCACCAACAAGCGCACGGACAAAUACGGUGGAAGCUUUGAGAACCGCGUCCGCCUUGCCCUCGAGCUGGUCGAGGACGUUAGGGCUGCCAUCCCCGAGAGCACGCCCCUGUGGGUGCGCAUCAGCGGCACCGACUGGCUAGACAACAACCCUGAGUGGAAGGGUGAGAGCUGGACCGUUGAGCAGUCGGUCGAGCUAGCCAAGCUGUUUGCCGAGCGCGGCGUCGACGUCCUUGACGUGUCAAGUGGCGGUAUCCACCCCAUGCAAAAAGUCAACCCUGGCCCCGGGUACCAGGCCUUCCUGGCCAAGCACAUCAAGAAGGCUGUCGGGGACAGGAUUCUCAUCAGCACCGUGGGCAGCAUCAAGGAUGGCCACCUAGCGCAGGAGCUCAUCGCCGGUGGCAAGGAUGCCGAUGACGCGCCGCUGGACCUCAUUGCCGCCGGACGCAUGUUCCAGAAGAACCCGGGUCUGGUGUGGGCUUGGGCUGAUGAUCUGGGUGUUACCACCAGUUUGGCUCAUCAGAUUGGAUGGGGAUUCGGUGGCCGUCAUGCCAAGGUCAAGGACUCCGCCAAGCAGAAUCUCCCGUAG